AAGUAUUUUAAAUAUAGCAGGGCAAAUUGUAAGUUGAUUGAAUUUGAGCUAUUGGUAAUGCUGAUAUGAAGUGAGAAUUCAUCUCCCUUCCUCUUCAUUUCAGAGAAGCAGAUGACUGUGGGGUGGUGGGGGCCACACUGAAGCCGAAUAUGGGACACGUAAAAGGGGAAUGAGUAGGAGUUGAUUGAUGAGUGUGGUGCAGAAGUGGUGGUUAGGACCAACGUUUCUUAAGACAUGCGAAUUACCGGCAGGUGAUGAUGUGGAUAGGGAGUUUGGCACGUUCUGAGUAAUCUGUCAAUGUGUGCCAUGGCCGUAAACACGUUACUUCAAAUCGAACAUGUCAACAUUAAGAAUGUUAUUGUAUAAAUUUAAUUUGCAACAUGUUUACGUUUGUUUUGCUCUGAAGUCGAUUGCUAGGAAUUGCUCGAAGAUCGAACAUAAACAAGUGUCAGCUGAACCCAAUCUUUGUAACAGUCGAUCAACGUAACAACAACAUGCCGGGAAGUGUUAACUGGAAGGAAUUAUUCCCUACCAAAUUCAGUGCAGUUGUGUUUGUAUCGUACAUGGUUUUAUUUAUAAACCAAGGUAUUUUUGUCACUGCAUCUCAAAGCUCUCAAAGUACAUACAAUUAUAAUACUGUGACUGUGGUGCUGCUGACUGAAGUGUUAAAACUCUUCGUGUCCAUCAUUUUUUUUGCAAAAGACCAUGCCAUCUUUUCACUUGUGCAAGAGUUAAAAAGUAAUGCCAAAGUUUUGAUGCUGUAUUUUGUUCCUGCUUUUAUGUAUUGUUUUUAUAACAAUCUCGCAUUUGUAAAUCUAUCUGCCUUUGAUCCUACUACAUACUACCUUCUUCUGCAGUUUCGUGUUGUGGUUACUGGGAUUGUGUUUCAGAUUGUGUUUCGUAAACAACUGAGUGGAAAACAAUGGUUGUCAUUGAUUCUGCUGACAGUGGGCUGUAUGAUAAAGCAACUAGAUCUGGCUGAUUUCUCUAAUCAUUCCACAGCAAAAAAUGGCACAUCUUCAGAUUCUAACAGUUACUUCCACUUCGGCCUGAAUAUUAAUAUUAUGCUUAUCUUCGUGCAGACUGUAUGUUCCUGUUUUGCCGGUGUAUAUAAUGAGUACUUACUGAAAGGUGUUGGUGCUGAAGUGAACAUUUUUGUACAAAAUGUGUUUAUGUAUGUGGACUCGAUAGUUUGUAACGCUGGAUUGUUGCUUCUACAAGGGGAUCUAUUGGGAGCAUUCAGUGCGAAAGCUUUGUCUUCGGUCUUCACAUUUAAGGUUCUUAUUAUUAUGAUGAAUAAUGCUGCUAUUGGUAUUAUCACAAGCUUCUUCUUAAAAAACCUUAACUCUAUUUUGAAGACAUUUGCAAGUGCUUUGGAACUCAUGUUCACUGCUAUAUUUUGUUACAUCAUAUUUGGUAUUCCAAUUUAUCUAAACACAGUGUUAGCAAUAUCCAUUGUAUCAUAUGCUGUGUAUUUGUACUCCCAGAACCCUGUUGUGAACCAGCCAAAAGAGCAACAUAACCAUGAACCAUUACUGUCAAAUACUGCAGAUGAUGUGUGAUAAGAAGUCAACUGUGAUUAAAUACCAAAGAUUAAAUUUGCCAGUAUGACAUAUUCAGUAAUUUCUAUACAUAGUAUUAAGUGUUUGUGAUUACCUGAGUCACUAAAUAUUUAUAUGUUCAUUAAUGAGACGAUUAUUAUGAUUAUUAAUUUGAACUUCAGUGAAUGACUAUAUUUGAUGUUUUGUGUAUGUGUACACAAUAAGGAUGAUUAUAUUUUUGAAACUUCACUGAGUGAUAUAUUUUACCAAGGCCAAGUUGAAGUUAAUUUUUAGUUACAAUGUUAUUUUACUACUCAUGCUACACUUACAGUUCGUUAUUUCCAAAAAUUUGCGAGGUCUCUCUAUUUUUGUACUUCCGGCACAUCUUCGUUGAAUUAACAUUUGUAUUAGGUGGUUUUCAUUUCCCUUGUGUUAUUGUUUGACAAAAUUUCUGGUUAUAGUUAUACUAGUGAAUAUUGUGCAAACUCAAACUUAAAAUUGUUGCAAGUUGAUUUGAGUUUCUUUUCAUAGCUUCAGUUCAUCUAUGAUUUUAGACUGAAACUUGUUAGUAUGUCUUUAUUUGUAGACAUGCCAUUGCGUAUUUUUUUACACAGCAUUGUAUUAUAUUUUUGGCUGUGCUUGUGACUGUAAAACAUUAUAGACAGAUUGUGUUAGGUGUGUAGUCUCAUUGCUCUGUGUUUAUUCAAAAGAAUUGUAUUUGUAGAAUAUAUAAAAAUUUUUGACUGGAAUAAUGUAUUUGUCAACAGGUAGAGAACUGUGUGCUUUUUGAAGAGUUGUAUGAAAUUUCAGCUUGCAAUAGAUGUAAUUGUGAUGAAUUGUCAAAUGAAAUGAGAAAACCGCCAUUUUUUAUUACAGACUUUGAAAUAUAUUAUUGUUCCUGAAAAAAGUCAUAAAUGACUAGUAUUGUAACACUAGCUUGUUUAAUGGCAGUCCAGUUCCUCUGGUUUUCGGUUACCUUGCGUGUGGGAGCACACACUAAAGAGUUAAGAUUUUAUUUACAAAUUUGUUAUUUUGUAUGUAUUUACCAAUAAAUAUUGAGUUCCUUUAACUCAUUAAAGAUUGAAAGAAGGGUGAAUGUAAAUUACAUUUUUAUAUUAAGAAUAGAACUCGGAUAUUUAAGCUUUAAAAUUUUACUAACUCUUAAAGGUUGAAAAGAGGCUGCAUAAUUUCUGAAAUGGGCAGUACAAAUCCAUAAUUUAUAAUUUUUAAUUUUACUUCUAACUGUUCUAUUAAAGUCUCCAUGAAUUAUUAAAAUGAACAUGGAAAUGUCAAAACAGCCAAAAUUUUUUUCACUCAGAUUCAUUUUAAGGGCAGAAAAUGUUCUUUCUAUUUCUACACUUCAGAUUUAUACUUGUGUUGAUUUUAGAAUAAUUGAUUCGGCUUUGUCUUUUCCUUUUAUUGCAAUGCAGGCUGGUAAUUCAGGAGUUUUUAUUUAUUAUAGAUUCCAAUUUGUGAAUUUUAUAUUCAGAAACACAUUUGAGUUUGUCCUCCAAGUUUUUAAUUACAGGAAGUUUUAGAAAUUUUGAGAAUGAAUGAUUAUAUUCAUCCCUAUUGGUGAAAAGAUACCUAAGUGAAGUUGAUAUUUUUUUACUCUACAGCUUUAGUUCCUUGAUACUGUAAAACCAUGAAAAGUGUUCAUAAUUCAUUUUGAAAAUUUAAGUGCAAAGAGUAAAAUAUAAAUUUGCGUAAACAUCCGAGGUCUAGUUAUGAUAUAUUGAAUGUGCACAAUCGUAUUUCAAUGUUCGUUGUCUGUAUUUGGCUUUUGUUGUUACACAUUGUAAUUCAGAAGGCAGCACGAGCAAUUUCACAGGAUACGUAUUUACAGUUCCUGUGUUCCAAGUUCAAAGAUGUUUAUAAUGCACAUGAGAGCAACCAAUAAUAAUAAUGAUAAUAAUAAUAAAGUCCUUAUUUUAAAUGGUUUUCAUUGGAAAGAAAAUUAUUGCAUCCUGUAAAACAUGUUAACAAUAUCUUCUGUAAUUAUCCACAUUGCUUUCAAUAUCAUUUUUUUUGUCAGUUGUUAAUUUCAUAAUGUAUAAAAUGGACUGAUCAGAAAGCAGUAACUCAGUUCUGACGAAAAUUGACAUUUGCAGGCAAUAAUAUGAAGAAUCUUAUUAAUGAUUUCUUGUGCUCUACACUUCUUGCUCUUUCAUGUAGUUAAUAAAUUUGAUUUCAUUGUUUAUUUACCAUUAAAAGCAGUUAAAAACUGUGUGUGACAUACUAUGGAGAGAUUUGAAUUGAAUGAUGUGUACUCUGUACAUGUUUUUUAUUCUGGGAUCCCUACCCCAAGCCAGGAAGUUAAAUUCUGAAUACAAAUGGAAAAAGUUUUUGGUAAGAAGUGAUGAGAAAAUAGUCUCUCCUGUGUAAUAAAAACUGCAAAUUGCUAUUAAGAUUUUGUUCCAGACACCAUGACGAAAAGUGAUUCAGAUUUCAAGAGGUCAGAAAUCUUUCCUUUGUUGCCUUUCUAUGUAGUAAUGUACUUAUAUACUUUG